GAAUUUUCUAACUUGGAAAUUGGAAAAUUAUAUGUCGUUUAGAGCGAGAGUAUAUUUAUUUUCCUCGCAGCCGCCGUAUCGCUCUGCUCGGCAGCCAUAGUCCUAAUCAAAAACCCUCAUAAACUCUCAAGCUCCAUUCGCAGUACCCGACAAUAAUGGUGAGCAAAAGGCAAAAAGAAGCUCGUAAGAAAUUCAAGGCCGAGAACCCUGGACUGUUCCCUAAGCCAGAGCCUACCCCCCCUAAAGACCCAGACAACGCGAAGAAGAAGAAGUUCAAGCGGAAGAGGAAAGUAGAAUCGAAAGCCCCCACCGAUGGAACCAGACCCAUCAAAAAGGGGCACAGAAAACACCCACUUAGAGUACCUGGUAUGAAGCCCGGUGAGAGCUGUUUCAUCUGUAAAGCCAAAGACCAUAUCGCCAAGCUUUGCCCUCAAAAAGCUCAGUGGGAAAAGAACAAGAUAUGCCUGCUCUGCCGAGGCCGUGGGCAUAGCCUGAAGAACUGUCCUAACAAGAACGAUGAGACCGUGGAUAAAAAAAUGUGUUAUAAUUGUGGAGAAAGUGGGCAUUCACUUGAUAAAUGCCCCCGACCUCUUCAAGAUGGAGGAACGAAGUUUGCCACAUGCUUCAUUUGUAACGAGACUGGGCACUUGAGUAAAAACUGUUCUAAAAACACUCAUGGGAUAUAUCCCAAGGGUGGUUCUUGCAAACUUUGUGGUGGUGUUACACAUUUGGCAAAAGAUUGUCCUAACAAAAACCAACGCACCAACGAUACCGCAGUUGCUAGUAAAGCUAUUCGUGCCUCUGCAGAGGGAAGACCAAGAGGACAAGUGAUCAAAUUUACAAGUGGGGAUGAUCUUGAGGAUGAUUUCAUGGCAGAGGACACAAAUGGUAGUAAAAAAGAUGAGGCUUCGGAGCCAGAUCUGGGUUCUGUUUCUAAUUCCCAAGAAAGUAAUAUAAAAUCAAAGAAGAAACAAGGACCCAAAGUAGUAAAUUUUGUUGGAUAUCUUGUUUCUUUCCUUUUUUCCUAUUUGUUGCAUUGCAACGCACAAUAUUUGGAUCAGGCUAACGCGGCAUCUGGAAUGGCUGUGAGUGAUGAGUGUAAACUUAAGUUCUUGGAGCUUAAAACAAAGAGGAACUACCGAUUCAUCGUGUUCAAGAUUGAGAAUCAAGAAGUUGUGGUAGAGAAACUAGGAAGCCCCGGUGACUCCUAUGAUGCAUUCACAGAUUCUCUACCUGCCAACGAAUGCCGCUAUGCUGUCUAUGAUUUUGAUUUCACCACCGAUGAGAACUGCCAGAAAAGCAAGAUUUUCUUCGUUGCUUGGUCACCGGACACAUCUAGGGUGAGGAGUAAGAUGGUUUAUGCAAGCUCUAAAGAUAGAUUCAAGAGGGAAUUGGAUGGCAUACAAGUUGAGUUGCAAGCAACCGAUCCUAGUGAGAUAAGUCUUGACAUCGUAAAAGGCCGAGCUCUUUAAACACUCAUGAAUAUU